AAACGGCUUUUUUCAAGGAUUUUGUCACGUAGUGAGUUUACAGCCAGAAAAGUGGAGCUGACGGCAAAUUUAGAAGAAAACUCGGCUGCCCUCAUGACGUCCGACCGGGGUACCACUGGGGGAGCUGAGUUGACAAUGACAACACCGGUCACACCAAAGACAGCAGCUGGGUUAAAUCCAAAUGCCACUGUCUUCUCGCUCAGCAAUAAAACCAGCACACCCAACCCAUUGCUGGACUCUUCGGCAUGGGAUGGGAUCAAUGCAAAUGAUGAGUACCAGCAUGCCAAUGGGGACAUAGAGAAUGGAGAGCAGGGAGGGGCGGAUACUCCAGCCGAGUCGCCCCUCUCCAGUGAUGUUUCUUCAGGUUAUGUUGACAACCAGGUCCCUGUGGUCACAGCGUUCCCUACAGAGAACAGUGUUGUUGAUGCGGAGGAUAACAUUGUCAACGCCAGUAGUGUGACAGAAGACCAACUGCGACAGAUGCUGAAGGAACAGCUGGAAAAUUGCUUCUCCAGAGAAAGCCUAGCUAGUGACCGCUACCUACAGUCACAGAUGGAUGCAGACCAGUAUGUUCCCAUAGCAACUGUUGCCAACCUCCAGCAAAUUCAGCAGCUCACAAAUGACCUUGACCUUAUAACAGAAUUACUUAAAGAAUUACCUAACGUACAAGUACUUGAGGUGGAUGGGAAGUGUGAAAAGGUUCGUCCGAUUCACAAUCGUUGUAUUGUGAUCCUCCGUGAGAUUCCCGAGUCCACACCUUUAGAGGAUGUGAAGAACUUGUUCAGUGGAGAGAAAUGUCCGAGGUUUGUGAGCUGCGAGUUUGCAGCAAAUGAUAGUUGGUAUGUGACGUUUGACUCUGAUGCGAGUGCCCAACAAGCAUACCAGUACCUACGCGAGGAACAAUGCACUUUCCUCAACAAACCUAUACUGGCGAGAAUCAAAGCCAAGCCCCUGAUACGGAUGACGUAUCCACGUAAUGGUUACAGACCCCAGUAUCACCAACAACAACAGGCAGUACAGCAACAGCAGCAGCAACAACAGCAGCAGCAACAACAACCACAACAGACAGGGGUCGGAGUUACCUCCCCUCCUGCUGUCUCGCAGGCAGACCAGGCUGUUCAGCAGCAGUCACAACAACAAACACAACAACAGGCACAGUACCAGGUGCAGCAACAGGUGCCCAUAAUGACACCCUACAUCAAUAGUCAGCAAACUCUUCCAUUUUUUCCCAACGCUGCCCUGCUGCCAUCUUGGCCAACAAAUGUAAAUGUUACUAGUCCGACCCUGCUGGAUCCCAGUAUGGUAAUUACGACUCCCUCCUCUUCCUCCUCCUCCACCCCAAUAGACUUCAUGAGACUGAUGCAAGCCAAAGCUGUGAAGAAUCCUACAUGGAAACAUAGAGAUGAAAGGGAUCAUGGUCACGUAGUUACCUUGACUGAGAUGGGGCAGGUUUUGUUGAAAGAGGUUUUAGCAAUCAACGGAUACCAGGCCACUAGUGUUGCUAAGCUGAACUCUGGGCCAUCAAGACACCAAUACAAUAAUGUCAACAGAAACAGUAGAAACCAGCGACCUGUUCGCCUAAACCAAGAGCACCGUAUGCAUUCAGAUAACCGUCCGAAUCAGGACCGUCUACAGGGACCUUCAGGAGGAUCGAUGGAUCGUCGCGGUGACAACACAGGAGGUGGUGGUGGUAGUCACCGCACAAGUCCUCGCAAUUCUGACAAUUCACAGAUAUCAGGGCAUCAUUCCCCGUUUCACCGUGAGGGCCGUAGGGGGGAUAACUCAAAUAUGAACCACUCUCACAUGGUGCAUUCAACAGUUCAGCAACAUACACAACCAUCUGUAACGGACAAUAAUUCCAAUACCACAGCCACUAACAGACAAUCGGAUAACUUAUCACAACGGAUGACUCGGAGCUAUAGAAGUCGCAGGAGAAGAGAUGAUGAUGGUGCUAGAAAUAUGCGACCUAGUUCUUCCCAGGCCGUCACCAAAGACAGUAAAUUACCUAGCGAUCAACAGUUUGACCUAGAAAUCAAUGCGUUCCCACCAUUACCUGGACCGGUGGCAGCGAACUCUUCUACGGCUGGUGAUGUCUUUGAGAGUAAGCUGUCAGAUGUUGUCAAGGGAACGGCUAAGCCCCAGGUGCGGGAGUCGAAAGCCUCCCCACCCCCUGUACCUCCCCCUCCUCCUCCUCCGUCAGCCUCAAUACAGUCUCCGCCAGUGGCAACUCCUCAGCCACAGAUACCAGUUGCUGUGACAGCGACCACAUCAGUGCCUGCCACCACCCGACCCUCAAGUCCACCAAAGUCCCGGGAGUCUACGACAACGACAACGGUGACGACAAAUGGCUCCAGCGGAAACACAUCAACAGUGCCAUCUAGUGGUAGUGCCAGCUGUACAGCCGUGGCUGCCCCAGUGACGCGUGUGCCAUCCCCACCAAUUAUACCACAGAAGUCUGUCAAGAUAUUGAGCAUGCCAGAGAGUCAGCCAAAAUCUGCAGAAAGCCAUGUGUCUCAGCGACCAGUCAGCAGUGCUCCUAAGACUCAGGAAAAGCCUGUUCCAGUUCAGCAACAGGCUCAAGUCAAACUUACCUAUGCUCAAAUGUUGGCAAGAGGCCGAGAAGCUGAGGCUGCAUCAGCUGCUGCCGCUGCCGCAGCUGCGGCUGCUGAAGGAAGUGGUAAACAACGCAGCAGUGAUGAGUCGGGUGAGGAGGACUCGAAGACCGCUGCAAGUGUGCGUGCCAGUCAAACAUUAAAAGAGCAAUCUCAGACAAUUAAAACGACUACUGCCAAUUCUAGACCUCCGGUCAAGGACCAGGCACGCCGAGACUUUGAACCUAAAGACCAGAGAUAUGGAGGUGGACGCCGUGCCAAAGAGAACCGUGAGCGAAGAGACAGGAGACGAAGUGAGCGGGAUGGAUCACGGUCAUCGACGAAAUAAACGAUGGCAAUUGAUGCUUGAGAAUGAUACACCAGCAAUACAUAUGGACUUGGAUCCGACUAUUGGGAUUCGCCGAUGGAUGUAUGUUUAGGAUUAUAGGCUUGUGUGUAAAAGAUGUGGUUCUCUUUGAUGCUCUGUGUACGUCGCAUCAGGUUGGAUCAUUAACUGAAAUUUUUUGAUAUUUGGAAUGAUGUUUACAACAGGUUGACAUUUUGGAUUUGUUGACAAAAUUUCAUGUAAAGAUAUGCAAGAGAAGCAAUGUAUUUAAACGGGAAUUUGAUUCUGCUGGUAGAAAGUCUAUGACUCGCAGCAGGAAAUCCUGUUGAUGUUUGCUGCAAUGAUAUGUACAAGCAAGUCAGGUUUGAACACUAAAACCGAGUCUGGUAUAAUUGUGAUAUUGAAUGGUUCGCUGACAAAUGUCUACAGUGUAUUGUGUAAUGAUGGCACUAGGUCUCUCCUGCCAACCGAGGGGAGGCAUGAAUCACUAGACAGACCCAUAAGUAUUAUGGGAUGUAGCAAGGGGUUUGUCCAUCAGUGUCACAUGCCUCUCCAGAACUCUUUUAUCCCACUUCCUGUGGGAUAGGCAUGGAAUAUGGUUCAAACGUUUCCAUUUGUUACAGAGACAUGAAUUUGCUCAUAUGUGCAAUUAGUAGCCAGAGAAAUGUGUUGAUUGGUUGAAAAUAGUAUUGGAAAAAAAAUUAAAAAAUUUUUUGGAGAUAUUAUUAUAUUGCUGGAUGUUUGCCUCUGUAACAUAGUUGCGCGCCGUUGAUCUCCAUUGAGUACACGUAAUGUUUGACAAUGGCAAAGAUGUUUCUGGUAAUUGUUGCCGUCAGGAGGUCGGCUUGUUAUCGGUAUUAUAACCACAUGUUGCAUGGUGCACGCCAGUCACUUAACUGUUUUUCUACCUCUCUGUCUCUUCUUAUUCUCUUCUUUCCAUCUCUAGUUACUGCUGAACUGCACUGGUGGGGACAGUUCAAAUAAUUACCACUGGAAUACAAUUUCAGGCACUGCAAAACUUUCAGUAUAUAUGUUAGUUGAAUGAUUUAUUUCUUAAGAUAUUAUCACAAUUGAGGGUUUAAAUUUAGAUUUAAAAUCACCGUUUUAAGCUUAAAUUGUUUAGCCCAUAGUCCAAGAAUGGCUGUGUUUUAAAACAUAACGAACAGGUUUUGUUAAAAGCUUAUUUUGUAGUGUGCAAUUUUGUCAGUAACACGAGUGGGAUUUUCUGUUGUAGAAUUUCCCAAAUAUUACCUCGUCAGCACUGUUUAGUGUGAUAUCUGAUGUAACAUCCCUAUAGAACAGCUAUGUUCUGAUGUACACGGACAGCCACAGGGUCUAGUUUUACCAAUAUCGGCCCUGGUUACAAAAAUAAUUGUCAGGCCAUUGACAUUAUGUUUGUUUUUAUGUGUUCUUCAAUUCAUUUUCUGGAACAGAUAUUUUUUUUUCACUUUAAACAUUUAGAGUUCAAUAUAAUAUGAAAAAUCAUACUUUGAAAUAAUCUCUAGAUGGCAGAUUCAUGCCAUUUAUAUUCUGCAGUGUUGAAAAGAUUUCAUGUGUAAAUAUUUAAGCAGAGUGGACGGUGGGUCCUAGAUCCUUAAAAUUGACCCAAAUUGCUAUAACUAACUGGGAAAUAUGUUACACUGGGAGCUGUUACUGUUAGAACUAGACCGCUGUUAUCUUAAAUUGGUGCCUGCUUGCAUUUAAUUCUGUUGGUUUAUUACUUUUUAACCUCUGUUGUGGGUUAAUCAUUGUACAGAGCUGUGUUGAGGCGAGAACCUCUUUAAAUACAUAACUAAGUGUCUGUACAUAUAGAGACAAGCGUGUAGAGAAUCUUAACCAGUAUUCAACACUAUUUAAUCGUGAUUUAGCACAUCCAUUUUAAAGUUACUUGUUUAAUUAUUGUUUGUGUUUUUUUUGUUUUUUUUUGUUGUUUUUUUUUUGUUAUUUGAAGUCGGAAAAAAACCAAAAAUGUUCCGUGUAUUUUAGGAUCACAUAUUCUUUUGAUGUAAAAUCUGGUUCCCUAUGUUCCCCAGAUUUUGGACAAUAUUUUAUUUUACAAAUGACAUAUUUCCAGGUAUGAAAUUUGAAAUCUUUGUCUUGGGAGGUUUGGCUAUGCAUGCAUUACAAUAUAAACCCUUCUAGUUUGCAUUUAAUGACAAUCUUUUACAAUCUCAACUAAGUCUUUGGUCAAGGGUCAAUAUUGAUUAAAUAGUUUUUCUCCGUUCUGGGUGUAGGUUUCAUAUCUGGCUUGUAUCAUUGUCUGGUCUCACAUUAGUAAAAAUUAUGCAUUACAUACAAAUGUUUGGAAAUAUGUCAUUUGAAAAAAACCCAUACAUUUUCAUCCAAGUAUGAAAAUAUGGACGAUUUAAAAAUAUUCAUAAAGGUGGACCUGGGCCUAACAUUUUGUUAACGUCAGGCAGUGAUAUUUAGAAUGUAAAUUAUUGAAGGCCUGCUGCCAGAUCAAUAUGGACUUUCAUACCUACCAGUGAUAUUAGUAUCAUGCUAUUAGAAUUUUUAUAAACAGGAUUUAAUUACAAAUCGUGUAAGGUUAUUAUGUGAAAUGUUAUAUCAAGAUUGCUUUUUAAUCUCGUAAACUUUGUGGAGCUAUCACAAAAUAGUCGAUUGAAUGUAGAGUACUGAAAUAAAAGUAUUAUACAGAAAAUGAUUAUAUUUUGAAUUUAAACUCUUAAAAUGCUGCCAUAACGUAUAUAUGAUAAUUAAAAUGUUCUCAUUAAGAUUAGAGGUCGUUAAUAUUAGACAAUGUUAAUGUGUACAGCAAAGUACUGUAUCCCCUCUUUCUGACACUUCCCACCCCAACCCCCAUUUUACAACCAGUCUGUGGGAUUAUCAGAUGCUAUUUGAGUUGUGAACUAGUUGUUGAGUAGAUAAUGUACAAGUAAAUUGGUUUUACGACCAGAUAUACAUAUAUAUAUAUUAUAUAUAUACGUGUUUCGCUGCUAUGAAUAUCUGACCUAAUAUUUGGAUCCUAUGUUGUGCUAUAAUAAUGAAGAGUGUAUGUAUGCUUGUUGGCUUUCAAAUGUGGUUUUCAGGAGUGAUGAAAGUUUCUGAAGGAUGCACAGGUGUUAAUGAUAUAUAUAUAUAUAUGAUGAGUGUGAAACUGAGUUUUGAUGUAUUUUAUUGAGGUGUAGAUAACUUGGAGGUCUACAUAACGUCGUGUACACGUUGUAACAGGUUUCCUCAUAAUGCUACAGUUAAUGGUAAAUCACAUUUGAUUUUUGUUAUCAUCGAACAGAAAUAAGCUUUGUCCCUAUAAUAAUACUAUUGCUAUAGAGCAAGGUCAUUAUUGGAGUUGUUGAAAUCCUGAAGAGUGUUUAAUUCACUCUUAAACAAGUAAAAAGUAAAUUGAGAAAACUCCAAAUUUGGAAGUGAAGGAGGGAAACAUUUGGUACCCUUCUCAUGUUGAUUUCCAUCGGGUGAGGUGGCACUUCAGCCACAGGAAGUACAACUGUCCAAGGGAGGUUACUCUAGUAUAAUUUCAUCAGCCAUACAAUCUAAUUAGAGGUGGGUUAUGAACAGUGCUAUAAUGUAUGGAUACAGAAAGUUUCUAAACCAUAACAUGCUGUGAUGUUGAGAAGAAUAUUAAUUGUUAAAUUAAUUACUGGUUGGAUACAGACAGUUUCCAAACAAUAAUAUGCUGGCUACAUGAUUCCGCCUAUUGCUAGAUUUCUUCCUGCCUGUCGCGGAUCGGUGUUCUGUUGGCAUUUAGAACAAUAACAAGCUUAGGAUCUGUUACAGUGUGUACAUGUGGUUUGUUUAGAUGCUCUCUAUAAGUCAUGCCUGAUUAUGUUGUCUAUUGAUUCUUGUCUGGUGACCCAGUUUAACAUUGUUGAUUGUAGUUGUAUUUUUUUUUCACUUUUUAAUACUUUGCGAUUUCUUAUGAAAUAUUAUAAAUAAUUAUUAUUCAUUGUUUUGGUUCACACACUUAGAGAAGUCAUUUUGUUUUAGGUUUGGGCUUUUUAGUGUUAUACAGGGGGACAUGUGUGAAUGAUUGUAUAGGUGUGAUAUAUAUAUUUAUAUAUAUAGUUCCUGUUGAACUUACAACCCCCUCAAGUCACUGAUACUGGGUGAUGUGUUGCCAGUUGCCACUGGUUAAAGUUCUGUGUAGGGUAUAAGUUCAGUAGUAGGCGGUGUCCUUGAUCUAGUCGUCUUUUAUUUUAAGCAAUGAUGCAAUUCAUUGAUUUACAUUUCAGUAAAAAAUUCAACACAGGUGUGGAAAGUUGAUAACCAAUGGAUUAAAACCAUAAUUUAUAUUUUAGAAGAAAUGACCAUGAAACUAACCACUAAUGACUGAUUGUACUUAAGUAAAUUAAAGGUAACUUUAAAUUUUGCCAGGUCUGUAAUGACGGGUCUGGUUAUAGGUCUUGGUGACCUGAGGGGUUGUUUGGAUAACAGUUCAAGUGUAUGUGAAAUGAUACAGAAUUACAUUCUUAUAUAAUUCUUAUGAACCUUAUCUUAUUAAUUGUGGACUAAAAUCCAGCCAAAUCUUGUUUUCAACAUUCACAUAAAAACCCCAUAUCAGACUACGUACCAAAAAAGUGGUAUUUUUGUAGAUGUGAAAUAUAAAAUGUGUUCAUUCUAGAGUGGAGUCAAUAUAAUCUGUCAAUGUUUAUUCCCUGAAAUAAUAUUAUUUUACCUAUUAAUUUAUUGCUCAGAAGAAUGUAGUGCUAUGCUGUUUGAUAGGAGAAUGAGAUGGCUGAAUAAUGAGAAGAAUUCAAUAAUUUGUAGAGUUACGGACAUGUAAUCUCACGCUUUUGUGAUUACCAUUGUUUUUAAUGCAUCAUUGUCUUGCUUCUUGAAUCAUUCGCUAACAAUCUGAAUCAUUUUGUGAGAUUGGCAUCGUAUGAAUAACGUCCUAACAUAAUUUUACAUGUUAAUGAAUAUAUAAGAUUGUGAAAUUUCUGUUUACUAUUUAGAAAAAAGGAUGGCAUCCAAUUGUAUCUACAGUGAUUUUUGGACUUGGGGUGAAAAGCACAUACGCACAAGGCAUAAUAGGAAAAUUUGAUUUAUUGUAAGAUAAAUUUUUAGGAAAACAAAGUGAAACUGAUAUUCUGUAGAAAUGCUGUAAAUGAAAGGGAUAACUUAACUGAGAUUUAAAAUUCAAUAAGAAAUUUCUCCUAGAUGUAAGAAUUAAUGUGAUAAUUUUCACAUUGUGAAUAAGUUGUGUUGUAUGUGAUACAUGCGAAUUUGGAUAUGUGAAAAAUACCUGUCUCUGGAAGAAUAUAAAUUUGGAUUUUUUUCUUUCAUUUUUUUGUCAAUUUAAUAAAUAGCAUACAUGUAUAUAGAUAGAAAGUCAAUGAGAUGUGUAAAAUAAUGAAACACAUCAGAUAUUUUUGUGAAUCACUUUAGCUGGGUAUAGUCAUCUUGUGGCUAUGUUACUGAGCUGCAGUUUUAUGUCCUUUGUAAAUACUUGUUGAUAAUAGUUUGGAUAAGAGUAUCUUCAUUGUAAUGCUGGUUACAAAGUUUUUCCUUGGGUAAUUGUUCAUUUGUUGAUGUAUUCAUAUGGCCAUUCUCAGUUUAGCUUGCUAAGGUUAUAGUAUCAGCCUGUAAAAUGCCAGUACUUUCAUCUGCAGAAGUAAGUUUAUGCCAUUCUGGAAAAAUAUCCUUUCAAUCAAUUUUGUAUAUAAUUUGCUUUAGUUUUGAAUUUGAAUAAAAAGUCAGGAAUUCAUAAAUUGUUGAAAUUGUGAAAAAUGAAAGUAUUCAAGGAAAGUUUUAUCCUAUUGUUAUGUCACAUUGGGAACUGUAAUGAUCUCCUUCUUGAAAAAUGGGAACUUUUGUUUUAAUUUGCUUAAAGAUCGCAAUCUAAUUUUUUUCCGAUGAAAAAAGCUAAGGUGUGUCAUUAUAACAUGAAUUUCUUCAUCCUUUGGCAUUGCUCCUAUUUCCCAGGGUACAUGUGCUUGCUAUAUGUGGUAAAAAAGAUCUGUUCGUUCACCAUAAGGCUGUUUGGAUUGAUGGAAGUGUUAUUGUUUUGCAAAAAAAAAUUAUCAGCAUUGUCAUGGAUCGCUCCUUCAUCCUGUAGUAAUUUCCAAAUAGAUACACACCUAUCAUAUAUAGCUUAAUAACAUUCGUGAGUAAAUUGUACCCUAAAUAUUUGCAGUAUUUCUUAAUGGUUGAGAUAAUCUCGGUGCCACAGGCAAAAUAGCACUAGUCAGAUAUAUCAUUAUCAGAAUUAAUUGUUUGGAAUGAACAUCCAAACAAAUAAAGUUUUUAGUCAGUAGAAAAUUAGAAAAUCUAGACUAACGUUCCCGUUAGGUCUCAAGCGAGUUUAACUUUCUGUCAUGCUUCUGGAGGAAAAUGCAUCUAUAGGGGAAACAUCAGGUGUUUAUGUAGCUUACAAUUUUGUUUAAAAUUUUACCAUUGUUAAUUGAUAAUGGGUAAAUUUGUUAAAAAAGUUUUCAGAAAAUCUUCUGUUAUUUGUCUAUAUAUAUGUGGUCAGUGAUAUCAGCAUUUUGUUUUUGAAUCGGUAUGUGUUAAUAUAAAUUCUUUGCUAAAGGCAACAAAGGAAAAUAAUCUUAAUGGUUUACAGUACAAAAAUAUGGCAAUAUUUUCAGUUUACUUACAGAAGCUUACACUAUUUUAAUCUCCUUUGAUUAAUUUGGAGAAUGCAUUUGUUUAUGUUAUGUGACCGUGAAUUAAUUAAAUGUAAUUGAGGCAGUAUAUAUCCCCAAAUCAUUAUAAUGAAUGUAUGUGUGGUUUGUAAGAUUAUUUAUUUGUUAAAUUCAUUAAAAUUCUGUGAUUGAUUAGCCCAUUUUAAACCUCAAUGCCUUUGAUGCAAUGCCGAUAAUCAUACACGCAUCACCCAUUCACUGCGACAUUUUCAACUUCCCUUGGUUAUACUGGCUGAAAAGAUAAGUUUUGGAAAAUUCAAGAUUCAAAAUUUGGAGAUAGUUGUUUUUUUCUGUCGUGGGUUUGGUUUGAAACAUCAAGCCUUCAUCUCACAUUCUACAAUUUGCUACCAUUCAUAACGUGCUUCCAUUUUUGUUUCCCUUUAAAGUAUUUUCAAAUAAUGCUUAGAAUCAAACGGUUUAAGUCUGAUUAGAUUGUCCUGCGGAGGUAGUAAUUACAAAAUUGAACAAGUGUUAAAUUGAUUCCUUAUAAACCAUAUGCCCAUACUUGUAGUUUGAUUAAUUGUCACAUUUCAUCGGGAUGGGGUUUGUCACUUGAGAUCUGUAGUUUUGUCCUGCCCAAUCGUCUCUCGAUAAUAUUGUCACAUAUGGGAAAGUCCCAGCUUUUGACUUAGUUUCCUUGCGUCCAGACAGGAAAGAAAACAACUUACUUGAAUGUUCCCAUUUGUAUUGUAUUCUUUUUGCAGAAAGGAUUUUCGUAUAAUUAUAUGUAUAACUUCAAAAGAAAACGUCUUUAAUGCCUAUCAUUUUGAUUUCCUUAUGAAUUCUGCGGAAUCGUUGAUAUCCAGGAACUUGAGGGAAUGUAUGAAUAUAAUUCAUUGUUUGAAUAGUUUUCUGAGAAACUUCUAGUUAAAAGAAUGUAUACUUCUUUAUGAAUAUGUCGAUAUUCUGUUUUGAAUUUUUAUGUUGGACACAGCUCAGAAUAUUUGUACAUGUGUAUAUUAUACAUUUAUUAAAUUUGACAUUGGAAAAAACCAUGCCUGCAUAAUCAUGAUAGCCUUGGCUUGGAGAUGAUUCAGGGUAAAACUGCAUGUCUUCGUUCAUGUAUUUUUUUAUUGGGCAUACAUGUGAUUGGAUUAAAUUAUUGACAAUUUUCGGGGUUAAAAAACAAGGACAUCCAAUAAAGAACAUCCUCAUCAGAAA